AUGUCCGGGAAGCACUACAAGGGUCCUGAAGUCAGUUGUUGCAUUAAAUAUUUUAUCUUCGGCUUCAAUGUGAUUUUCUGGUUCUUGGGCAUAGCAUUUCUUGGAAUUGGACUCUGGGCAUGGAAUGAAAAAGGGGUCCUGUCGAAUAUCUCUUCAAUCACAGAUUUGGGAGGAUUUGAUCCUGUUUGGCUGUUCCUGGUUGUGGGGGGAGUUAUGUUCAUUUUAGGAUUUGCAGGAUGCAUUGGAGCUCUCCGAGAAAACACUUUCCUCCUCAAGUUUUUUUCUGUGUUCCUGGGAAUUAUUUUCUUCCUGGAGCUCACUGCUGGGGUUCUGGCAUUUGUUUUCAAAGAUUGGAUCAAAGACCAGCUGUAUUUCUUUAUAAACAACAACAUCAGAGCUUACAGGGAUGACAUCGACUUACAAAACCUCAUAGACUUUACCCAAGAAUAUUGGCAGUGCUGUGGGGCUUUUGGAGCGGAUGACUGGAACCUAAAUAUUUACUUCAAUUGCACAGAUUCCAAUGCAAGUCGAGAACGAUGUGGCGUACCAUUUUCAUGUUGUACUAAGGAUCCUGCAGAAGAUGUCAUCAACACUCAAUGUGGAUAUGAUGCCAGGCAAAAACCAGAGGUCGAUCAACAGAUUGUCAUCUACACAAAAGGCUGUGUUCCCCAGUUUGAAAAGUGGUUGCAAGACAACUUAACCAUAGUGGCUGGUAUUUUCAUAGGCAUUGCAUUGCUUCAGAUUUUUGGGAUAUGCCUAGCCCAGAAUUUGGUUAGUGACAUUGAAGCUGUCAGGGCCAGCUGGUAGAACUGCUGAAUGAACUGACCACUGUAAGACACUGGACUCCUGAGACCCUGCCCUGCCUCCAGUCUGCUAUGCUGAUGCCAAGCUCCAACCACACUGACAAUGCUUGCAAUCUGUAGUCGCAAAGACUGGUAUUGCCAUGAAAUUGCUUCUGUGGGGGUGAACCUGGGGAGGGUUAUUAGGACCUGCUGCUCACUGACAGAUUUCAAUUUUAAAAACAAAAAUGACCCAUUGGAAAGCUGUUGAACCGUGCAUCUACUGUAGCCAGGGUUUGUGAACAGUUGGACACUUACCAAAAAGAAAACUCAAACAGAUGUGCGUAAAUUGAAAUAGAACUACAUUGUGAUCUGGGAGAAAUGCUCUUUUUCUCUCCUUGUGUUAUUUGAGGGCUGUCAGAGGUGCUAGAAGGAGUUUUGUAUCUUCAGUGUACCCAGAAAGACCAGUCAUUGUGUCAUCAAAGGAAAAGGAACUGCUAUCUUUUCUAAAACCAAUUGAGAGGCAAUUUUUUCCCCCAUCUUCAUUCUACACAUUAAGAAACUUUUAAGAACCAAGAAGAAAUCAAGAAGAAAACUUGGGUCUUUUCAGUGUCUUGGUCCAGAAUUUGAGAACAGAGUCCUUAAAUAACUUGUGAGAAGCAUCACCUGCCAUUCCAGCUUCUUCUCUCAUUGCCAGGAAAGGGAAUCCAUAUGACAUCUGUACUGAGCCAGUGGGUUGGAAGACUUCAGGAUGCCAUAUCUUAGCCGAGCAAUCUUCUUAAGCAAGCAUGGGGUUUAUUUCAAAAGGAAAUAGAAGAAAUUGUGUUCAUUGAAAUGGUGUAACCUAAUCUCCUCCCCUCCCUACCCCCCCCAAAUCAUUUGCUGUAUUUCUUGGAAACUUCUGGAAUACUCUUUAUUUGGGGCUUAUGGGGCUACAGUUCUUUCAGAUUUUCCUUUACAAUAUCUUCUUCUUCAGCUGAAACUUUGAUUUUUCCUUUUUUAAUAAUUCUUACCUGCAUGCAUUGCAACUUGAGAUCCACCAGCCAGGAAUCCCUCUCCUCACAUCCCAAACACUCCCAGAAAUAUUUCAAACUGUAAUCUGGUCAGAAAUGGCCCAUUUGUUUUUUUCAGUGCAAGGCCGUGAGAAGUUCUGGCUCAUUCCCCCAUCCUUGAAGUGAAGGAAUCAGCCUUGACACACAAAAUGCUUCCAGGAACUCAGCCACGUUGUCCCUGGGGUCUUUUCUCAUGACCCCUCCCCCUCUCAACUCCUUCCUUCCUACCUAUCUUCUUUCCUUCCUUCCUUCCUUCCUUCCCCCAAAUAGAAUUAAAUACCAAUGGGAAGCAGCACUAACAGACUCAAAAGGCCUGUCUUCUUUUUUCUAAUGAAAAGAAAGAAAUCAUGUGUGUGGUCUGCAUUUACCUCCGUCCUCUUCCAGGGGACUUAACAGCUAGAAUGAUAAUGAAGCACAAGUAUCAGGAGCCAGGACUGCCAUAUAAGCCUGGAGGAGGGACCCUAUGACAUUGUCUUGGUGCUGCCGCCCCAACAUGACCCAGUGCCAGUAAGAAGGCCAUAGAAAGCCUCCAGGCUUUCAUCCAGCAGUUUCUGUAUGUCUAGCAGGGCAUUUCCCUCCCCCCCCCCCCCGGGCAGCAGGGAUGCUACAGGUGCCAGGGACCUUCUGUAUAGCAUGCCCCAUCUUUAGAUUGCCAUUUGGCAAGCCAGCACACUUUGGAGAGAGAGAUUGAGCUUGUGUUUUUCUCUUUUGGCCCACCCUGUCUCAACCCUGGGUAUUAUCAAUUUUCCAGAUGCUCAUAAAAAGAGAAAGAAAAUACCCUAUCCACAACCUUCUUCUAAAUAGUAAUCUCUUCCAUUUUGGGGUGUGUGUGUGUAUGGGUAUGCAUGAGUGUGUGUUCUCUAUCUAUACUUCUAUUGUUAGAUAGAAAGGUUCAUUCCAUGUCCGAGAGAUACACAAUGACCACAGUCCAUCUCCAGUCCCCAGAUCAACAUUUAGUCACACAUCAUCCCAUGGCAGUGAAGACUUGAGCCCUCCAAGUUGCACUUUUGCCUUUUUCCAUGAAUUACCUCAUGAACUCCAUUCACCCUUAGACUCAUCGUCAGCCAACAUCCCACCCUUCAGUGAAAGCAGCAAAACACCAACAGCAAGUCUAUAUGAGCUUCCUUUUUUUUAUCCCCUAUUAUUUUUUUACACUUGGGAAGUGUUUGUAAUAAAGAUCAUCCUUAAUAAACCUGGUUCCAUCUUUC